CCUACACACAUCCUCUCAGUUGUACAGAGCACAUGCAACCGUGCUAAUUAGCUGACAUUUUGGGUUGAGGACUUUUGCAGAGGUUCCUUCAUUUCUCACAGUUUAGGAUUUAGCUGGAACAGAGGAAUCCAAUUCUGGUCCUUUUGUUGUGCAUAAAAUAGUAUUUUACAACCAGGAGAUGCAACAUGUCGUUAUUUGGAGUGAAGUUUUUUGUUCUGGCAUUUUUCUACUUCUUUACUGUCAGCAGCAGGCCAACCGGUGUCCAUCUGCGUAACAUGGACAGCUUCAUCCGAGCUGUGCGACAGGUUGAAGACUCCAACCCUGGUCUGUCCCCUCUGGCUCUGGUUCGGGCCCUAAGGAGGACCGCCGGCCAUGACGAUAUGAUGACCAUCCAUUUCUUGGGUGGCUCUUAUAAUCUCACUGACGCUGCGGGUCUAGAGACGGCCAUUCUGAAUGCCUCGUCCUUCAGCUUUUUUGACAAGGCCAUCCACCACAUUGUGACCGACCACGGAGAAGAACGAGGGGUGGUUCUCGCUCCAGAUGGCACGACAAUAGCACUCGCACCCUUAUUGCUUGGAAUUGAAUCAGGGCUUAAAGCCAAGAUGGAGGGAACAACAGCUGUUGGGAUCUUCCCUCUCACUCUAGGCAGGACUCUGGGCCUGUCAUUCCUCAGCCUCCAGGACUUUCCUGCAUUUCUUCGCUUGGGGCCUAAUGGGUGCUGGGACAAUGUGGAGCGCCCGAAGGUGUUCAAGCUGUCUCGGCCUCCCACUCUAGCCACAGAUGCCUUGAUCAAUGGAGGCAUGGAUGGAGCCAUAUUGGGCACAAAUCUCAGCAAUCUGUCUGCAUCUGAGCAGCCUCAAGCCCUCAGUGAGAUUUUGAAGGGGUACUAUAGUUUUGUUCUGAGUGAGGAGCGGGGCCUUGAUGCUGUGACCAGCCAUGUUAGCCCGAGGCGAAGGGAGCUCUCUAGAUCUAUUCUGGAGACCCUUGAUCUUCACAGCCAGCUGAUGGAGACACUGACAUUAGUCUGGAAGCUGGAGAAAACAGAAUGGAUUGCUCUGGACACUGGAGUAAGCAAAGCAAUUAAGGAUGGAUUGAAGACAUUUGUGCACAAGUACUGGGACUGUCCCCAAAUCAUCUCUCGCUGUCAGUGGGGGGCAAAACCCCCUCGGGAUACACCAAUCCCACUGUCUCUUCCCCUUCAAUUUCUGUACAUUCACCACACCUAUGAGCCAUCAUCGCCCUGUCUAUCCUUCACAAAGUGCUCUCGGAACAUGAGGUCCAUGCAGCGUUUCCACCAGGAGGACCGUGGCUGGAAUGACAUAGGAUACAGCUUUGUGGUCGGCUCCGACGGUUACAUAUAUGAAGGCAGUGGUUGGAAUUUGCGUGGUAGACACACCAGAAACCACAAUUCCAUCGGGUAUGGAGUGUCAAUCAUUGGUAACUACACCUCCACCCUGCCGUCUCGCCACGCCAUGAACCUGCUGCGUCAUCGUCUGGUCCAAUGUGCUGUAGAUGGAGGAGGAUUGGCUGCCAACUUCACCAUCCACGGCCACAGACAAGUGGUGAACUACACCACCUGCCCUGGAGACGCCCUCUUUUCAGAAAUAAGAAACUGGGAACAUUUCCAGGGCUGACAACACACCCAUAGUCAAUCUGAGAUUCUUAAACAUCAGUAAUGAUUCUUCAGGGUGUGCUAGCGAUUUAUUUUAAAGAAUUUUAAAUUAUAGUUUCAUUAUGAAAUGGUUCUUCGGUAAUCAUCCCGACUCUGGUCCAGUUUAUCAUUCAACCAUAAAGGACUGAACAUGAAUUCCAGUGUAGGAUUGAAUUAAUUUAAUGAUGGCUCUCUCUGAUCAUCCCCACACAUGUAAAUACAAAUAAUAUUCCCAAUAGGAGUAAGACAAACUUUGUUCUUAGGCCAUAUCAGUGAAAUAGACAUAAUCAACAUACAAUAUUCACUUUAUUUCUCCUCUUAUGAUUUUACAUAAAGACAAAUCUCCAAAAACAGAAGAAUAAAAAGACAAACAAUCUUA